AUGUCCUUUGUUCAUUUAAUGUCGCAACGGCUCAUCAUCAUCUCUUUUCUUUUUCAUCCUACCCCCCACAUUCUCUUCAUGCCUCAGCAAGAUCCCAUGGAACAUCACCUCCCACCUAUGCCUCCAACCGAACUUCCUGUAAUUAACUCGGAUUUAGGAGGACUUUUUUGUAAUAAUUGUGGUCGGUUCACUCCGUUUGUGCCAUGCAAGAGCAACAAGAAUGAGAAUAAGGGUGUUCCCUUUGCGAUAUCAUGGGUAUUAAUGUUUAAGUACUACAGUGUCGUGGCUCUAACGCGAAAGGUGAACCAUGCAAUUUUUUCCGAAGGUCAUCGAAAUUGCCAACCAACCUUCACUGUACCCUCGCUUCCCUCAGCUGUGCUGGCCCCUGUGUCUCAAGGAGCUGGCAAGUGCCUCAUUAUGGGUGGAUGUUCGUCAAAGAAACACAAGACGCCAGCCAUUCCUGCGCAUACUCCGCUGCUUGUUGUUCCUCCGCAGGCUCCUCUGGUGCUGCCCCCACCACCAUUUGUCAUUCCUCACCGCCUUUCUCCGCCCCCAGCUUCUACCCCCCUUCUUACCUUACCUGAAUCCUCUCAACCACCAUUAUCAGAAAUCGUUGACGCAAGACCUGACCCCCGGUUCACGUCACACCUCCACCCAAUAUUCACUGAAACAUUGGCCCAACAACAUGAGCUCAGGGAGCAGAAACGGAAACUCGACUCUGAGCGUCAGGCUCAUGCAAAGAGGACCAAGGAGCGCAUUGCGGUUUAUGCUUGGACAAUGGACGACACUCCUCCCAUAGUCCAUGUGGUUCAAUCCGGCUUCAUUUGGCCAUACUUUGUCAUUUCUUCUGCUUUACUGACAACGUUAGGACUCUUGGAGGCGGGUAAGCAAGGGGACCUACAGCUGUAUGAUGAAAUGGACUUCGCGGAUUGGGUUGCGGUGGAGAUUGGACACACAGUUGAGGUUCAAGAAGGACACCGGCUUUUCCUCAAAUACCACUCACUUUGCAAGUGCAUCGACCUCCAGAAAUGCCUCAACACACCUUCCCAGGGUUCAAAGCCCCAUCUUCACCUCAAUUUACCUCAUGAGCACGCCUAUGUUCGUGAGAUGCUCAACGCUAGCCCUUCAACUUCCUCCCAACCGCAAACCUCCUCUCCUUCAUCACCGCUGCUGCUACAUGAGACCACUCAUGAUGAGCAUUCACCACUCUCACCUUCCUCCUCACCUCCACCUUCAGCCGAAGAAGUCUCGCGUGCUGAUACGGGAUCCCUCAACAAUCCCAUCAUAGUCGGUGACGGUAACGAAAGGCGCUGGCCAAGUGAUUACCAUGUCGUUGACAUUGCUGGAUGUCUCCGUGAAUGCAGUGGACGAACUAGCCUCAAAAAAAACUGA